GCACUGAGCUCUAUAAAACCAAGGCAGGCACAUUAAGCUGGUACCAUCUACAACUCAAUCACAAAUUUGUGAAACGAUACAGCAAAGGAACCUUCGGGAACUUUAACGGAUACUCUAAGGGAAAAUGGAUCCUUGUGAUUGCUCAAAGACUGGAACUUGCAACUGUGGUGCCACCUGCAAGUGUACUAACUGCCAGUGUACAACCUGCAAGAAGAGUUGCUGUUCAUGCUGCCCAUCCGGCUGCAGCAAGUGUGCCUCUGGAUGCAUUUGUAAGGGCAAUUCCUGUGACUCCAGCUGUUGUCAAUGAGGAACCUCAAUUAACUAACUGUCUUCAUUGUACAUCAAUGUUGUCUUUUUAAGAUAAUAAAUGACCUCCAGUUAUUAUCA